AAACAGAAGCCAUUUUACCUCCAGCCUUUUUUUUUCAGCAGCGCCUUCAGAGAAGAAUAAAAAGGGAAGGUAGAAGAAACGGAGAAACUACUCCUACAACCCCCUUCUCUCUAAAACUGGCAACAGUCCACACAUCAUCUCUCUCUCUCUCUCUAGAAAUGGCCCAGCUGGACCAAGAUUUAUGUAGAAGAAAAACCAAAGGAGAGAGAGGGAGGGGGGGAGAGAGAGAGAAAGGGGGAAAGAGAAAGAGAAGGGAAAGAUAGAGAAGAUGUCUUCAAAUGUCCUCCAACCAAACCCACCUCACAAUACCAAAAUAAUAAGCCCACUCUCUGCCCAAACUGCCCUUCUGCAACCCCCCAAAAAAAAUCACAUCUUCAUCAAUGUCUCUAAAGACCAUUUUUCCCGAUUUAUGUGGGCUUUUUUGGGUUUGUCUUGGUCAGACUUUCACAGAGAAAACAGGAAACAAGAACUUUCCCUCUCUCUCCCCCCUCUCCUUUUUCUUCUUCUAUAUCUCUCUCUAUCUCUGUCUCUAUCUCUAUCGCUAUACCUUCCUUGCCCUUCCUUUAUUAUUGUUUCUUCCCCUGCCUUUUUCUCCCUAUCCUCAUCUCUCAUCUCCUCUCCUUCCGUCUAGAGAUUCAUCAAUCUUGGCUUGAGGGUUGUGGUUCUUCUUUGUGAUCUCAUGUCGAAAAAGAUGAAGCGGAUGGUUAUGGAGUCUUCUCCUCAUGCUGUGUACGAGGACGCAAAGUCAAGGUUUAAGCACCAGAGUCUUCUGCAGGACUUCCAUGAGUUGCAGAAGGAAACAGAGGCCAUGAAUAAGAAAUUGCAGAGUGUGAACCAGAACAAGCUGACCCUAUUGGCUGAAGUUAGAUUUUUGAGACGGAGGUACAAAUACCUAUUGAAAAACAUGGCUCCUAAAACCCCACCUGAACCAGAGCUUAAGCAACCACAAAAUUCAGUAACUCAACUCAAGAACAUCACAAGGGAAAAGAAUCACAGUGGAAAACAGGCUGCUGCCAUGAGGAACCCAGCUCCGGUUUUUGGCGGGAAUAUGAAGGAAAGGAUUCACAAGGGGAAAGUGGCUGCUUUGCCCAACCCAGAUCCCGGUUAUGAAUUAAACCAGAAAACUAGGGGUUACAGUGGAAAGGAAGCUGCUUUGAGGAACCCGGUUCCUGUUUUUGACUUGAACCAGAAAGACAGGGUUUACAGUGGAAAGGAAGCUGCAGGGAGAAAUCCAGUUCCUUGUUUUGACUUGAAUAAGAUUUCGAGAGAGGAAGAGGAAGUCCAGGUUAAUGUUGAGAGUGUGGGGGUAGAGGAGCAGAAGAAGAGUGUGAUUAGAGGUGGGAAUGAUGAUCAGCACAGUGAUAUGAAAUUAUCUGUUUGUAGAAACAUUGGGAAUGGGCCAAACCGGGCGGGAAAGAGAAAGAUAUCAUGGCAGGAUCAGGUAGCUUUGCGGGUUUGAGUCAUUGUCACCACAAUUGGAGUGGAGGAUGAUGCAAAUUUCAGUGGAGGGGCUUGGAAGUUAUGGUCAAUUCUGAUUCUCUUCCCCUUUCUUUGUAGCUUCUCCUUUCCCUUCUCUUGUUUCCAAUUUUCUUUGUAAAGGAAAAAUAGCUUCAUAUAUUUGCAUAUAACAUGGAAUGGUGGAAAUGAUGCUUAGGAAUUAGAUUCUGCUGGGUGUUUCUUUCU